AUGGGCGGCUACCCCUCGCACGACGCGCCGAACUUUCUGUUCGCCACAGCGGCGCAGCACCCAAACAACGGCGGCACCACGGAAAUCUGCCUCAUUCCCCUCCUGCGCCGCCACUUCAAUGACACCAACAAGAAGCUGAAGGACGCGGUGGCGCAGGUGUAUUUCCUUGGUCCGCCGAACACCACCACGACGGCCAUCGCAGCCAUGCACCAAGGAAUUAAUUCCGCUGCCGCCACCCAGUCGGAGACGAUGAUGGGGAGCGCCGCAGCUGGAGCGCAGCAGCAGCAGCAGCAGAGCAUGAGCAGCGCAGCAGGUGGGGCGGUGCCGCUGAUUGUCCCUGUGGGCACCGCGCCCGCCGAGCCGACGGUGGAGCAGAAGCGCAAGGCGGUGCAGGCCUACAAAUCGAUGGAGAACCUGCUGAACGAGAUUGAGUGCUCUUUCUUCGCCUCCACCCGAAUCAUGUACGAAUCGGCCAAGUACGCGAGUGAGAAGGUGAAGCUGAAGGAGGCGGCGCGGGCGGCGGCGGAGGCGGCGGCCACAGCCGCCGCAGGGCAGACGUCAGACACGACGGGCGACGAGGACAGCGGUGAAAAGGCGGUGCGUAGGCCGAUGGAGGCCCCUAUGCCGGCCGGGGAGGAGGAAAGCAACGCCGCGAAGAUGGCGAACAGCGCGAGUUUCACGCAGGCGCAGAUGAUGAACUCCUCCGCGCCUGUCCUGCGGCCAGUGCCGUGUGCGGUGUGCAUCAUUGAACCGGACACAUCUGGCCGCAAAGGAGCUUCGGGCCACGGCGCCGACCGCGGCAACCUGGCCGCUGCAAUGUUGGGCGUCGCGGCGGCUCAGGCGGGUGCCGGUGGGGCGGCGACACAAGCGGCAGCGGCGGAGUGGGUGACGAUCCAAGGACGCCGCCUGCGCUGCAUCGGUUACCUCUCGUGCUUUUCCAAGCAGCCGGCACCGGUGGAGGAGCCGAAAGGGACGGCGGGUGACAAAGGACCGGAGGUGGGCAGCGGUCCGAAGUCCCCGCUGCUGAUGGACAGCAAGGCAAACCUCGCCGUCCCCCGCAUCUGCGAUUGCGACGCUUCCGGGUUGGACGUGUACAUGGAGCUGAUCCUAGCGAAUGAAUCCAAGUACAUGCACCUGCUGGAACCCGUUGUGUUCCUCGCCAGCAUCAUGUUCCGCUCGCAGUACUUAACCAGCAGCAUGCUGCAGCGUGCCGUGCACUCGACAGAGGUGGAGAACGCCUUCUACGCACAUCUGCAGAUGCUGAACAUCCACGUCCGUCUGACGAAGGACCGCGUCCACCACCUGAAGGUGCUGCAGGACCAGCUGCCGCUAAUGGAGUUCGUGGAUGAGAUGGGCCUGAAUGGGAAGCACGCCUCCCUCCACAGCGAGGGUGGGGGGGAGGAGGCGGCCGCAUCCGACGGUGCCGCUGCGGGGGCGGAGGCCUCGGCGAAAGUCGAAGAGGACAAGCCCGGCGACAGCCCCGCUGAGGAGAACACCGCAGAAGCGACGGCGACGGUGGAUGCGACCGACGCCGCUGCGGACGGCGAGGACGCCGACAAGAGCGCCUCCCAACUCGCCAACUCGGCGGGCAACGACUUGGAGCCCGGCAACGACUUGGAGCCCGACAACGACUCGGAGGAGGAUGAGGAAAAGAAGAAGACGCUUCCGGAGGCGGAGACGGCGGCGGCGGCGGAGGGCCCAGGGGGUGAGGCGCCCACCAAGAAGACGGCGGAGGACACCGAGGGGGAGAAGAAAGAUGAGCACGGCGAGGCGGCGGCGGCGGCGGCCGACGAAGACGAGGAUGACGGCAAGGACGGCGAGAAGGACAACACUCGGCAGAGCGCCCUGUCCGCCUCCGGGACAAGCCGUCGCACGCGUCGCAGCCGUCGCCGUCAGCGCAAGCCGAAAGUCGCGCAGCCGCAGGACGAGAUCUACCGCAAAACGCGCUGCUUCCUACCCAAGAUCACCUUCUUCACGGACAGCAAGGGUGAGGAAGGACUGGAGGCCGUCUUCGAUGGGGCGCUGCUCGCGCGGCUGAUGAAGCUGAUUGCCGAGACGGCCGCCUUCGAAACCGUCAAGAACUCCUUUAUCCGCUGUGACCUGGGUCCGCUGAUGAAGGAGCGCCGGCACCUGCUGCAGAGCCACCGCGAGGCGAUGCAGGAGGAAGGCGGCGCGGAGCGGCAGGACGAGCGGCUGAUGGGCAGUGUCGAGAACGCGGAGACGAUGCGCCGUUGGAUCAAGGAGGGCCUGCUCGCGGAGGAGGAACAGCGCAAGAAGGAGGAGGCCGCCGCACUGGCCGCACUGGCUGCCCAAGCCGCCGCCGCCGCAGCAGCAGCAGCAGCCCCCCCACUCGUCCAACAACAGCAGCAGCAGCAGCAGCCAUCGCCGGUGCAGUCGCAGCCUCCGCAGGGGAUGCAGAAGCCACACCUACUGCCCAACGGCACCCUUCUCCCACGCAACGCGGCCCUCGCGGCUGGCAAUCCGAUGCUGGCGGCGGCGAUGGGGCCGAACCCAGCGAUUCUCAACAUGGGCAUGGUGCCGACGAACCAGCAGCACGCGUCGGCCACCGGCGGCAGCGCCUCUGCGGCGGCGGGGGCACCGAUGAUGGUGUACGUUCCCGGGGUAGGGUGCAUGACGAUGCCGAGCGGGUCCAUGAUGAUCCCGCAAGCCGGCAUGAUGCAGCAGGGAGGCGCCGCGAAUGCAGCGGCGGCGGCCCCUCCGCCGACCGCCGCUCCGGCGCAGCCUGUCCAAUCGGCCUACAUCAUCAACCCCUCGACGGGCUUGCCGAUGAUGCUGGCGCCACAGGCUGCGUCGUCCACCAACGCGUCCACCACCGGUACGCCACCGCAGCCGCAGUUGAUGGCCCUUCCGAACAUGAUGCAGUUGUACAACCAGCAGCAGCAACAAGCCCAACAACAGCAGCAAGCCCAGCAGCAGGCGAUGAUGAGCGCGGCGCCGCAGUACUACGCCCAGCACGCCACCGUCGCGCCCCAGCAGCAACAGCAGCAGCAGCAGUACCAGUACAUGGUGGGGCCCAAUGGACAGCUGCUGAUGGUGCCCAUGAUGUCGGCGCCCGCAGCGCAGCCUCAGCAGCAAUACGUAAUGGCCGCCGCCCCGUCGGCUCAAGGAGGACACGUGCAGCAGCCCGUUUACAUGAAUCCGUAUAUGAUGUCCAACAUGAUGAACGUGUCCGCUCAGCACCAACAGCAGCAACAGCAGGCUCAGCUUCAGCAGCUGUACAUCCAGCAAUUGCAGGCACAGCAGCUUGCCCGGCAGCAACAGGGCCAGCAGCAGCAACAGCAGCAACAGGCCGCGGCUGCGACUGGGCAUCCCUUCAUGAUGGGCGCGUUUCCCGGCGUGCAGCCUGGACAACAGCACCCGAGCGUCGUCGUGGGUGCGAACCAGCUCAACAUGGCCGCCCACGCCCUUCGCACCCCGUCCGGCACGCCGCCCCAGCAAGGCAGUCCCGCAGCAGCGGCAGCAGCAGCCAAUCCGCAGAUUCCGCCGCACUUGGCCGCGAACUACGCCAGCAUGUACAACAUGGCAGCCGCGGCCCAACUCCAGCAGCAGCAGUCGAGCAGCGCAGGAGCGGCGUCUGCUUCGAAAGCAGGCUCGGCCCGGUCCACGGGCGCCUCCACCGCUGUCGCACCGGGGGGAGGGGACCCGCAUGGUGCGUCGGGCCACGUCGGCGCCACUGUGCCGUUUCGCUACGCCACAAUUAACGACGACGACGACGAUGACGCAGCGGUGGCGCUCGCAGCGGCCACGGCGGCGAUGGCGGCCAUCCGCGGACACGGCGGCGUCGACCGCCACGGUGACGACGACGAGGACGAAGAUGACGAGGACGACACCUCGCAGUUCUUCUCGAAUGGGCAGUUCUUCUUCCGCACCCAGUGA